CCUGGCGCGUUUUCCCAUUUCCUUUUAGUAUCACGCGAAAGUUUCCACGGGAACAACCCUUUCAGUGGCCAAUGGGAACACAGCAGCGCUAGCUGGGGCACCAUGAGGGGGCACCAGAGGUGACGCAACGCUCCAAUCAGAUGCAUUUGAUGGGCAACGACGCCGUUUUGUUUUCGGUGGUUCUGUUAAGCGCCUUGUCGAUUCUGAGUGGACGCUGCAAGGUUUUACGUGAAGAUUUCACUUCGACGAUCUGUUCGCCUCCUCUGCUGGUCGUCAACGGGUCGGAGACGGUGAAGGGCGAAUUCCGCAUCCGAAGCCAGUUUUCCCAUGUGAAGGAGGUGAAGUUUUCCGGCUCCAUCGGCCCGCUGGGCGAGAAACGACUGUGCAAAAUCAAGUGCAUUGGGGGGAAAUGGGUGGGCCCCCUAUGUGUCGGCCAGCAAGUGAACGGGCGAUUCGAGUCGCUGCUCAAAAGCUGCAAGCUGCACUACAUCAACCCCAACCAGGUGGUUACGUUCAAGAAUGUCAUCAUCAAUAACCCAGGGGUGGCAUUUCCGCAUGGGUCCCAGCUGCAGGUGCGCUGUAGGGAAUUGGGGCUGUACAAGCUGCUGGGCACCGCCUCCCCACGCUGCCUCAACGGCGAUUGGACCUCGCGUUUGCCCAGCUGCGUCCCCACCACGUUCCUGACCAACUUUACCGAGGACGCGCCGCCCACCAUUUUGAUCAAAAUCCCUUCGGGCUCUGCCAGCGUGGAACCGGCAGGAUAUCUGGCGGUUUUUCCCGGAUCCACCAUUCACUUUGAGUGUCUCUACCAGCGCAGAGUGGGCGCCCCUGAGUGGACCUGGACCCCCUCGGAGAAGUACCUUGCAGGAUGGGCGAUCGCAGAGGAGGAAAAGGACUUGACGUACCGCCUUUCGAUCUACUAUGCAAAGGCGCAGGAUUCCGGAACGUUCACAUGCGCCACCCCUAGGGGCAUCACCAACAGCGUGGUUCUACAUGUGGUCUCGAUUACGUGCGACCCCAUUUCGGUGCGCGGCAUCCAUCUCACCGUAAGGGUGGAGGGCACCCGGUUGGGGAACAAGGCCAUCUUCCACUGCCCGCUUGGGUACUUAGUGAGCGGCGCCCCCAAUCUCACCUGCCAGGCCUCUGGAAAAUGGUCGGCGGACGUCCCAAAGUGCGAGCCAGUUCAGUGUCCGUCCUUGCACGCCCCUGGGGGACUGGAGGAGCCCCACUUGCAGCUGGAGGAGCACAACAACAGCUACGGGGGCCGGGCGAUUUUCAGUUGCGCUUGGGGCUACAAGCUGCUGGGCCCGCCUGGGCUUGAGUGCGAGAUCAGCGGAAAUUGGAGCGGACGGCUCCCCAAGUGCUUGCCUGUGCAAUGCCCGCCCCCAGUUCUACCCAUCAACGGCCACCUGAUCCAGUCAGAAAGUCCUGGAAUGGACGGGGAGCGUUACGCGGUGGGCAGUUUGGUGCAGUUCGCCUGCAAAGGGGCGCAUCUGCUCGAAGGGGAGGCCAGCAUCAUCUGCACGGAAACCGGCUUCUGGAGCCACCCGCCGCCCUUCUGCAAACCGCGCUGUCCCUACCUGGGGGACCCGGACAACGGCCUGGUGAUGCCCACCAAAUUUGCCUACGAGCCCGGCGACGAGCUGCAGGUGUCCUGCAAUCCCGGAUUCGAGUCCCGAAUGGAUCAGCAACGCGUCCGCUGUCUGCCGGACGGGCGCUGGGAUGCGCCGCUGCCCAACUGCACCAGUUACGACCAGAUUUAAGGGGUUUUUGCCCCCCACGUUUUGUGGCCUGAGGUUUUAUCAGACCAUCAUUUUCCUCUUGCCAGGACAAAUAAGGCUUGGGGCACUCCAUUUGGCCAAAACACUGACUGCACGUUCCCUCCCUAGACUCUUAAACUGAACAUCUAAAAAAAUCCAGACGAAAUUGGCAAAUGCUCAGACAACUAACCUUUAGUCUCUUCACUCAGUACCUGUGGUUUAACGGAAAAAAACUUCACUCCCGGACAAAUUCGCGUCAGCAACCGAACCGAUGGAAUUCAGUGGGAUUCUAGUCACGUUUCACUGAUCAACCCGAGCGGCAGAACAAUUGGACGCCACAAAGCCCCUCUUUUGCAAUUUUUGCAUGUUCAAUAGGUAGAUUCUAGAGCCAGUAGCCCCGUUAGGACAUUAAUAAAAACUCCAAAUCAAAUCUA